CUGGAGGCACUGAAGCUGGAGCUGCUGGAGGUACUGGAGCUGCUAGAGCUGGUGGUGCUGCAGGCGUUGGAGCUGGAGACACCGGAGGUGGAGGCGCUGGCCCUGGGGGUGCUGGUGCUGUUGGUGCUGUCGAAGCCGCCACUAGAGCAAGCCUCCCCACUGCCUGCUCCUUCUCCUUACACUGAGCAGACCGGAGGUCUUACGGAGCGUCGUGAGCCUGUGUCUCGUCCUGCCUCGCCUGCUCGCGCUCUUUGCACUGGUUGUCGUGUGCCUCGUCCGCGUCCUCCUCCUGUCCCCGGCAUGCACCAUAUGGCACUUCGUCCUUCCUCUAUUCCACAGCAUGUCCCCCUGCCGUCUGCUCCUGCGUCCUCUCUUGCUGACGGUCCGGACCCUGAGUCUUACUUAGUUCGUGCUGCCAGUCCUAUUGUCCCUCGUCUUCUAGCCACUGUUGUCACUGACCCUUCGUUUGAGUCCGCUGCUGCGUCUGCCCUAAUUGCUGAGCUUGUUGACUUUGUUGCCACCUGUCAUCUUGACUACGCCGCUAGUCUUGUUGCUGAGUCUGAGUCUGACUGA